AUGCCGUUCGGGGUAGCGAAUGCGUCAUGGCUGUUUCAACACGUAAUGUCUAUUGCUCUGGGCCACCUUGGUCCCGACUCCGGUGUCCUCUCGCACAUGGACGAUCUGAUCUGUAUCAAUCGCACAUUUGAGACCCAUCUUGUCUCCAUCAAGAAAAUGUUCGCAGCAUUGCAGGCAGCAGGUCUGUCUCUCAAGCCGUCCAAAAUCCAAUUUGGUCGUAAAGAAGUCGAUUAUCUUGGUCAUGUCAUUUCUGCGAAAGGUAUUUCCGUCAGUACCGACCGCAUUGAUGCCAUCCGCGACUUGUCCACGCCGAAAUGUAUCAAGGACCUCCGUUCCAUCCUCGGCGUGGCAAGUUUUGUCCGUCGCUUUGUCAAAAAUUACGCUGACCCCACUGCACCGCUAGUUGAUCUGACUCGCAAGGAUUUCGUCAAACCCCGCAAAUUUCGAGAAGCUUGGGGGCUGGACCAAGAUGCCGCCUUCCAACAACUCAAAGUUGCCUUGUCUUCCGCCCCUGUCCUCCACUUUCCCGAUUUUUCGGGAGAAUUUGUCGUGCACCACUUUCCCGAUUUUUCGAGAGAAUUUGUCGUGCACACUGACCUUCUGAGCUUCGUCAAACGCUUUAAAGCAGGCCAACGUCACUAUAGUCCCACUAUGAAGGAGUGUACGGCGGUUGUCUGGGCCCUGACCCACUGGCGCCCAUACCUUUGGGGCCGGCAUUUCACUUGUCACACCGACCACCAAGCGCUGACGUACCUGUAUCAUAUGCAAGAUACGUCUAAUAUGCUUACUCGUUGGGCCAUCUGUCUGCAAAAUUUCGAUUUCACCGUCAAGCACGUUCCGGGGAAACUUAACGUAGUCCCGGACACCCUGUCCCGCAUUUUCAGCGAAAUCGACGGCAAACCUCUUCCGUCCGAGCCUCGGCUCGCCGCUAUCUGUCGCAAUGUCCCCGAUGACCAACCAUUCUGCCCUCCUGUCCCUCGUGAAUACGAAGUGUCCGCUAGCAAUUUAGACGACAUUGUCCCCGUCGAAAGCGACCGUGAGUUGUUCUCUAGCGCUAUGUCUGUUUUCCCUGUUGUCGAUACUGCCAAGUUGCUCGAUCAUCAAAAGAAAGAGUUCCACCAGUAUUUCGAUUACUUGGAGAGCCCCACCAAGGCUCGGGUACCACUCCACCAGUCUAAGUCCAGCAUGAGUAAAUUUUUCAUCCACGAAGGUUUACUCUUCCGCUCUUAUGUCCCUGUCCACUUGCGUAGACGAGGCACUUUUCGUGACCGACUGGUAGUGCCCGACUCUUUGCGGAAACUUGUCAUUAAUGUAUGUCAUGACCUCCCGGCGUCGGGUGGCCAUCUAGCCUUUAAAGGGCACCGACCGGUCACCAACCCUUUCCAGGUUGUGGCUGUUGAUCUUGUCGAAUACAAAUCAUAG